GCCGUCAUUGACAGCUUGUGUGGCGGCAAAGCGAAGCAGCAGCGCACGCAGCCAUGACCUCACUCAGGAUCGACUACGUGGACCAGCUGCGCCAGUGGUUGUACACCAAGGCUGACCCGAGGACCCGCGACUGGUACACCGUGGGAGACCCCGUGUUCAUCACGGUCACAGUGUCGAGCUACCUGCUCUUCAUAUACGUCAUUGGACCGCAGCUGAUGGCGUCGCGGAAGCCGCUUCCCAUCAAGGGACUCAUCAACGUCUACAACGUGUUCAUGGUGGUGUCCAACAUGUUCUUCUGCUGGAAGUUUCUCGCCAACUCUUACCUGUACGGUGGUUACAACCUCUUCUGCCAGGGAAUGACCUACUCGACGGACGAGCACUCGCUGAACAUCAUGUACUACGGCUACUUCUACUUGUUCGUACGCAUCGCCGACUUCCUGGACACGGUGUUUUUUGUGUUGCGGAAGAAGUACGACCACAUUACACGCCAGCAUGUGAUGCAUCAUUCCCUAGUGGUGGUCAAUGGCUGGCUCUUCCUCACGUUGGGCGGCGAUGGACAGACGCUCUUCGGCCUCAUCAUGAACUGCGCCAUCCAUGUGGUGAUGUACAGCUACUACUUCCUUGCCGCCUGUGGGCCCCAGUACAAGCGCUACGUGUGGUGGAAGAAGCACCUCACCACGGCGCAAAUUGUGCAGCAUGUGCUCAUUAUCGCUCACGGCUUCAUCACUAUCUUCUACGACUGUGGCUAUCCCCGGUACUUGCUGUUGGUGGCGAUGCCCCAGGGAAUGCUGGGACUGGCCCUCUUCAUCAACUUCUACUUCUUCGAGUACAAGCGCAAGACGUUCUCGGAGGCACUUACUGACGGCGUGUGCAUGCUCAAGAGGGACUAGCCUGACUUCGUCUGUGGCAG